UUUAUUUUAUUAUGAUUUUGAAAAAAAAAAAACAAAUUGAACACAGAAAACAACAAUAAAUAAUGUAGCUCCUUGUUUGUUUGAUUCCAGUAAUGUAACGCCUUUCAGAAUUGAAAAUAACCAUUAAUGCAAUUUAAAGCCCGCUUGAAAAGAUGUCACUGACGAUGUCAUGUCUCUUGCAUCUACAUAUGUUCUCUGAAAUGGCACUGCAUAAGUGGUUUUACGGUCACCAUAUGAUAACGUGUAAAUGUGAUUUUCUCCAAAGUGUUCGGUUGUGAAUAAGAAUCGAUAGAUAUAACCCUGAACCUCCACGUGUUAUAAUACUUACCACGAGGUUGGAAUACGACCGGCGGGUAGUCACUAUACAAGCCCCACUAUGUUUGAUCGUGUUGAUUGGACUAAUUCUUGUUAUCAAUGGCGAAAAACUUAUUAAAUAUUGUGUUCCUAAACUGACUAACAAAGAACUAUAGAAUAACUUUCGAUAUUAUUUUUAGUAACUUUGUGUACAGAUCAUAAAAACAGUAUUUAGGUAUAUUUAACAAUAUUGAUGAGAACCUUCAUAUUUUGAAUAAGUGUAUCAUAAUAACAAAUAUUAAUAUAAGUAUGAAUAUAUGAAAGAGUACCUAUUAACGGUUUUAGUCGCUAAACAUUACAUUAGUGAACAUAGUUAUUUAUGUUUAAAACAUUGUGAUACUAUAAUAAGAAAACGAUUAUGACUGCUUGUAUGGACGCGGAAAUAAAGUUGUUUUGGGAAUAUGUAAAGCGGGUUGACGAAUCUUUAUCGCUUCGUAUUAUUGCAACAGAAUGUCAGAAGAUAAAAUAAAACAAGGACCCAUCCUAUGAAAGAAAUAAUGACAAUAUAUAUAAAACCAGAGUCAACAACUAAAAUACGUUAGUUCAAUUUGGGUAUUAGUUAAGGAUAGUAAACUAAAACUUUCAAGAUGUUUAGAGCAUCAUCAGUACUUUUGGUAAUAGUUAUUUCAAGUGAUUUUUUUGCUGGACUUUCAACGGCGGAAGUUUCCUCAUCUUAUGCUAUGCUAGAGAAACACACUAGUUUCAAACCAGAUUUGAAAACGGAACCGAUUAUUAAAAGAGAAAUUGAAUCUGAAUCAGUUAAACAUCCAGUAUACAAUGGAGAUGAAUACAAAAAUGGUGGACGAGCUAAUAUAGAACCUGUCAAACCAAUAGGACCUGUUAUUAAACAUGAGAAAAUGUUAGCUGACCAACCAGUUGAUGGUAGUACGGAAUUAAGCAGAAUUGAUAACUUAGCUAUUCCUGGUUAUGCAUAUGUAGCAAAUCCAGUUGAAGUGGCUUAUCCUGAUAUUCCAUAUGCGCCCGGAUAUACAUAUGACGCUGCAUACUCCGGUUCUCACGGACAUGACAUGUAUGUAAACAGCCCUAGUAAUUAUUUCAUCGAGCCUGACACCUCAGCAUUCGGAUUAUUGUGGAGUCAAGUGCCUGACUCUAGGACAAUUGUAAGUUAUGUGGGUAGAACUAUCACAUGGAUAUUUGGAAGUAUGUUCACACUAUUCCUUGGAUCUCUUCUGACUGUUGGUAUUUGUUCCUACACUAAUCUCUGCGCUAUAACCUUCAAUGGCAUUGGACCUAUUCACGAGGAGAUGAGAUCUCUAAUUUCUCCCGAGAGAUUAGAAAAGAUUAGUAACGCCGCAGAUUUCGUCAAGACUGCCAUUAACAAAUAUCAAAAGAUACAAACAGUUGCUGAUAUAACGAGCAACAGAAGGCGUCGAUCUAUUCUUUACUAAUUUUGAAUAUACAUUCCAACUUUAUAUUUAGACAUUAGACAAUUUUACAUGUAUAUGAUUAGAUAGAUGCAUUAACAGAUACUAUUGUGCUAAAUUCAUUAUUUUAUUUUAUAAUGUAUGAGUGCUGUAGAAUGUGGAAUGCUGUUGUUUAAAAAUAUGUCAA